UCAUCGUUUUUUGUUUCAGUGCUGCUAAAUCAAAUCAGUCACAGAACAAAGAGGAGAGGAGAGAAAGAAGAAGAACAACAACAACAACAAGGGUUAAGGGAAGUUGACAGAGACAGAGACAGCUGUUGGAUGAAUGUUUUGCGGCUUUGGUGGAUGCGUUUUGUUCUUGAUUCGAUCUUCCUGUUAUGGCUUCAAUCGCUGUUCUGGGUUUGAGAGUAUGUUUCUUCAACUCUCUUCAUCGGUUUGUAAGUAAAUCUUCUCUCUGUUUUUUCCAAUGAAUUUGCUCUGAAACUUUGGGAAUCCGAUGAUUUUGUUUUCCUUGGCUGCAUUAUGGUAAUCUAAUUGUUAUUCUUUCAUUCUUUGUUUUGGGGUUGGGAUUGAAUUUAGGACACACAUUUUGGAACUUUAAAACAGAGUGUUUAUAUUUUGAUUCUUUCUCAUCGGAUUCCUCUUGGUUUUUUUGUUUGUGUUCAUAUGAUUUUUUUGUAAUUGUUCUUCACACACACACACACGUAGAUUCAUUCUUUUUAGUUCUUAAAAGGGAAUUCAUUUGUUUAGAUCUUAAACUGGAAAAGGAAUUUAGAAAGAAAAAAAACAGAGGAAAAGGAAAAUUGGGUUGUGGGGGUGUGUUGAUCUUUUUAGAAUAACGAAGCAUAAAAGUUGGAAGAAGAUAGAGGAUGUUGGCCGGGUGUUCUAGUUCAACAUUGCUCUCGCCAAGGAACCGAUUGAGAAGUGAAGCACAGCCGCAGUUUCAAGCUUGUCAUUUGCAGUUACCAACUUCAAUGAGCACACAGAGAUUGGAUUUGCCCUGCAGCUUUUCCCGCCCGAAGGAUACCUCAGCCGCCACUGCUCGAUCCCCGUCGAUUCGGCCGGUUGGGCUCUCGGUCGAGAAGCAGAACAUUAGGCUUCCGCCGCUGUCUUCCACCAACAAGCAGAUCAAGCAAGAGUUUUGGAAGGAAAAAGGUAAGAACUUGAAGAGAAUUGCAGAACAAAUUGGGAUUGAUGAUGAUGAAAACUUCAUUAGCAGCGCCAAGAGGAAGAGAGAAAGCAGAGAUGACGGCGGAGACCGGCUGAUUCUGAGCCAAUUCGGCAGCGGCGGAGGGAGUUUCUGGUUUCAUCAGCCAGAUGGGGAUGAAGAAGAACUCUGUUUUCUUCCGGGAAGUGAAGUAAUUUCUUUGCCAUCGCCAUUUUUGUCAGAGAUCGCUGAUUUGGGAGAAAGUAGCAGCCAUGUGAAGGCUGAGGACGGGUCAGGCUCUGGUUCGGGCUCGGGAUCGAGUUCAUCGUCCGAAAGUGAAAGAUUUUCAUUGAGAAGAAGAGUAACAACAGAGAAUGUUCCAACAGCAGCAGCAGCAGCAGCAACAGGUGUGGAAAUUGGGAAUGGUAGCUCAAGAAAUCCUUCAUAUCAUCACCAUCAAGGAUCUGGUUUGAACAAUGAAAGGGAAGAAGAAGAAGGGUUUGAGCUAAUCAGUCUUCUAAUGGCAUGUGUGGAAGCAAUUGGCUCAAAGAACAUUGGUUUGAUAAACCAUUUGAUAGACAAACUUGGUAGCCGAGCAUCUCCAAAAGGGUCAUCACCAAUUUCACGUUUGAUAGCAUAUUACACAGAGGCUCUAGCCAUCAGGGUCUGCAGAGUGUGGCCACAAGUGUUUCACAUAACCCCGCCGAGGGAAUACGAUCAGAUGGACGACAAUACCACCGGGACAGCGCUUCGGCUUCUGAACGACGUGAGCCCGAUCCCGAAAUUCAUCCACUUCACGGCGAACGAGAUGUUGCUAAGAGCAUUUGAAGGGAAAGACAUGGUUCACAUCAUAGAUUUUGACAUAAAGCAAGGCCUGCAAUGGCCAAGCUUGUUCCAAAGUUUGGCAUCUAGAGAAAACCCUCCAAGUCACGUUCGAAUCACCGGGAUUGGUGAGUCGAAGCAGGAGUUAAACAAAACGGGAGAUAGGCUGGCGGGGUUCGCCGAGGCAUUGAGGUUGCCGUUCGAGUUCCACGCAGUGGUGGAUCGGUUGGAGGAUGUGAGGCUAUGGAUGCUUCAUGUUAAGGAGCAAGAGAGUGUAGGCGUGAAUUGCAUACUCCAACUGCACAAGACACUAUAUGAUGGGAAUUGGGGAGCAUUAAGGGACUUUUUGGGGCUUAUCAGAAGCACAAACCCAACCAUUGUCGUAAUGGCCGAGCAAGAAGCCGAGCACAACGAACCGAGGUUAGAGACAAGAGUAGCAGCGACACUCAAGUACUACGCAGCCAUAUUCGACUCAAUCGACGCAAGCCUUCCACCGGAGAGCACGGCCAGGUUAAAGAUCGAGGAGAUGUUUGGAAGGGAGAUAAGGAACAUGAUAGGAUGUGAAGGAAGGGAGAGGUAUGAAAGACAUGUUGGAUUUAAGAAAUGGAAGAAGCUGAUGGAGCAGCAGGGAGGCCUGCAAUGCGUCGGGAUUCGGGACGACGAUCGGGAGCUUCUUCAGACCCAAUUCCUCUUGAAAAUGUACUCAUCAGCAGCUCAAGGAUUCAAUGUGACAAAGCUGGAAGAAGAAGCAGUUUGCCUGAGAUGGGAAGAGCAGCCAGUUUACACAGUUUCAGGAUGGACAGCAGCAGAGGUUUCAGGUGGAAGUUGUUCAUCAUCAUUUAACCAACAAACUUGAUAUUCUUUUGGGGUUUCAAUUGUAAUGUGUUAUUAUUAUACAAAGAUUCUUUAUAGGAUAGAGAUAUAGAUAGAAAGAAAUGGGUGAUUUUGAUUAUUAUUAUUCUUUCAUUCUUUUGUUUCAUUAGAACAGGGCAUAGAAGUUAAGAGAUGUCUGUAUUUGAUUUGUUGCAAUUCUUUAAUUCUUUGAUGGAAGUGUUCAUUACAAGUUCUUUCA